CGACGUAAAAAAGAAAGAAGAAGAAAACAACAACAGUCCAGCGUGCACGUGUGUGUCAGACGUGUUGGCUCCUCUGGAUGUGUGGAUGUGGCAGGCUGAUACUCGUUGAGUCUGGGGCGCGCAGCUGGACACAGACCAGGCUAUAAAUAUGGCAGCAGAGCUAUCCACCUCCAUAAACAUCAAGGAGCCCCGGUGGGAUCAGGGCACAUUCGUGGGUCGGGCUAAACAUUUCUUCACCGUCACAGACCCCAGGAACAUCCUCCUCUCCAAUGAACAACUAGAACACGCACACAAAAUCAUCACUGACUACAGGCAAGGAGUAGUCUCCCCAGGGCUGACAGAGGAUGAACUGUGGAGAGCCAAAUAUGUUUUUGACUCGGCAUUCCACCCCGAUACUGGGGAGAAGAUGAUCCUGAUUGGCCGCAUGUCCGCACAGGUUCCCAUGAACAUGACGAUCACUGGAUGCAUGAUGACAUUUUACAAGACGACUCCGGCCGUGUUGCUCUGGCAGUGGAUCAAUCAGUCUUUCAACGCAAUAGUCAAUUACACCAACAGGAGUGGCGACGCUCCAAUCACAGUCAGUCAGCUUGGCACAGCUUAUGUGUCUGCCACCACAGGGGCAGUUGUCACCGCUCUAGGACUAAAUGCACUAACAAAGCAUGUUUCACCCCUGUUUGGACGGUUUGUGCCAUUCGCUGCUGUGGCUGCUGCCAACUGUAUCAACAUCCCGCUGAUGAGACAAAGAGAACUCCAGCACGGCAUUCCCAUAACGGAUGAGAAUGACAACAGGUUAGGAGAAUCGACGAAAGCUGCACAGCAGGCGAUCUCUCAGGUUGUGGUCUCCAGAAUCCUCAUGGCCUCUCCAGGAAUGGCUAUUCCUCCAUUUUUAAUGAACCAUUUGGAGAAGAAGGCCUUUCUGAAGAAGUUCCCAUGGAUGAGUGCACCUAUUCAAGUCGGCCUGGUGGGAUUCUGCCUGGUGUUCGCCACUCCACUCUGCUGUGCGUUGUUCCCUCAGAAGAGCUCCAUGUCAGUCAGCCGCCUGGAGCCCGAGCUGCAGGAGAAGAUCCGGGCCAACCACCCGGGAGUGGAGCGGGUCUACUUCAACAAAGGUCUAUGAGUGUGCAGCGCGCUCAACCAAACACUGCCAUAGCACAGCUGCAGGCUCGGUCCUCACCUCUCUGCCAGCCCUCCUCAUUCAGUGUGCCAAAGUUAAGUUUGUGUCUCCUCAUUUCCACCAGCCUGAUGGAUAUCCGAGGACUCC